AUGGCGACUGUACGCUAUGUACUUCAACAAGAGUGCUGCACCAAAGUUGAGUUUGUGCCGUCAGGCAUUACUGGGAUCACUCAACCCAUGAAUGUUGCCGUCAUGAAAGAUCCAAGGAUCGAUGCUAUCCCAGAAGAAGUGAUUGUCAAGGGAUUCGUGAGGGCUGGAAUCGUCCCGGUCGGACCACGCGAUGCUACCGGUCGUUUCCGUGUCCACGGUGUUGGUAGUACCGAGGCUCCAGUUGUCUGUGACGAAGGAUACAUCGAGGACGGUCGCACCGUUGAUGAGACCAUUAAAACUUCUGUGGCGAGUUAA